ACACAGACUAUUAUAUGCGAACGUCAUUUUUGUUUGAUUGUGGUUUGUUGCUUUGUUUAAUUAGACUAUAGAAACCAGAAGAACUGUAGUUUUUUAGUUUCUACUGAUGUAAGUCUCUUUACGUGUGAUGCUAAUUAACCGUAACAAUGAUUGUUAUACUCCCAAAUGAUAUAUCUAAAAGUUACGAAGUGGAAUACAACUUGUUGUUGGAAGAUAUUACCAAGUCUCGAUUGAGGUCGUCAUUUAUAUUCAGUUUACGCGUAAUACAUGUGUUAUGGUUUUGUAUAGCUGCCAUCGGAGCCGUGACGAUAUUGGUGAGUGUUGUGUUAAGCAGCGCAGUGCACGAAGGCGAGCUCGCGGAUAGAGACCCGGUGGUGUCUUGCUAUUACAACACGCCAUCUCCAGUGGCGACUGCGGUGCGCCAGCUGCUGCCGCAUGAUAUCCAUCCACACCUCUGCACCCACAUCAAUGUGGCCUUCGCUCGCAUCGUCAACAAAACCAUAUAUCUUGAAGAUCACCAAUACGCUACUCUAGGAGAUAUAAUUCAACUACGGAAAAAAAAUCCUAAAUUAAAAAUUUUACUUUCGGUUGGUGGAUCUGGCAAUGAUAGAAAUUUCUCAGACAUGGUGGUAGACCAUGCAUCGAGGAAAAUAUUCAUUAAGUCUAUUAAAAAUCUGUUAAGGAAUUAUACCCUGGAUGGUAUUGAUUUAGACUGGGAAUUUCCAGCCAUUCAUAACUCUAAACUGGCUUUAAAAUUGGCUGUGGCCAAGAGAGAGCGACAGCAUUUCUCUCAGCUGUUGCGAGAGAUAAGGGCUGAAUAUGUAAGAGAAAGACGAAACUACUUGCUGACGGUUGCUGUAGCAGCCCCUGAAGUUAUUGUUGAUGCAGCCUACGAUGUGGAUCAACUUGAUUUAUAUACAGAUUUUGUGAAUGUGAUGACUUAUGAUUACAACUUCUAUAGUGAUGCAACUCCUUUUACGGGUUUGAACUCUCCGCUGUAUGCACGGCCCGAGGAGCAGCUGUAUAUAGCUAAUCUUAAUAUCAACUACACUGUCCACAUGUACAUCAGCAAAGGUCUGAGCCCUAACAAACUAGUGAUUGGAGUUCCAACUUAUGGCCACUCAUAUACACUGGUCAACUCUGAUAACCAUGGUAUUGCAAGUCCUGCCAGUGGUUAUGGCUCUCUAGGAUCAUCAGGUUUUGUUAACUAUCCAGAUGUGUGUCAAUUUAUGAAAAAGCAUGGUGUGGUCAUCAAGCAUGUUACCCGUGCAGAAGUGCCGUAUCUCUACAGUGAUCAUGAGUGGGUUUCAUUUGACUAUCCACAAAGUGUAUCAUCCAAAGCCGCAUUUAUUAAAGAACAGGGUGUCCGAGGGGCCAUGGUCUAUUCACUCAAUGCCGAUGAUUAUGAGGGUGUCUGUGAGGGAGAUUUCGGAAGGAAUAACACAAAAUUUCCUCUGUUAAAGACUGUCAAGGAUGCUCUAGUGGGAUUUGUGAAGAAAGGUUAAAAUUAAAGCGUUCCAUCACCAACCACUCACUUGCAUGUCACUAAGUAGAAUUCUAUUGGAUUUCAUGGUUUACGAGAGUGACUCGCGUCCAGCCGCGGUGGCACUGCGCGGUGGCGGCGAGCGGCGGCAUUGAGGCCCACGCGCGCGAGUGGCGGGCGCCGCGCCGCUGCCGAC